AUGAAGGAUGUAGAUGGAGCUGUCAAGACAGCUAAAAACAAGGCGACGGAAGUCUGUGAAAAGUUGAACGUUUCUCACACUGUAAGCAAUAAUUUUGUGGAGAUUGUGAAAGCUAUAGACAAAUUUAACGAAGUUCAUCGGGAACUGAUUGAUGUGGAGGAUACAAUGAAGUGUGUCUUUGGUGUCUAUGACAACACAACAAAGAUCUUCCACAACGACAUUUACAUCAGCAUGAAUUAG